UCAUUUGAUAACCCCCAAAAUCCUCUACCUUUCAUUUAAAUAGAAUUUCAAAUGGAGAAAUUCCAAAGCUAUUUAGGGCUAGAUAGAUCUCAACAACACCACUUCUUAUAUCCACUUAUCUUUCAGGAGUAUAUUUAUGUACUUGCUCAUGAUCAUGGUUUAACUAGAUCGAUUUUGUUGGAAAAUGCAGGUUAUGACAAUAAAUCCAGCUUACUAAUUGUGAAACGUUUAAUCAAUCGAAUGUAUCAACAUAAUCAUUUGAUUCUUUCGGUUAAUAAUUCUAAACAGACUCCAUUUUUGGGGCACAACAAGAAUUUUUAUUCGCAAGUAAUGUCCGAGGUCUCUUCAAUCAUUAUGGAAAUUCCAUUGUCUCUGCGAUCAAAAAGAAAUCACAGACUAUUCUUCUUCCUAUAUACUUCUCAUUUAUCAUCUUCUGGAGCCCUUAUUGAACGAAUAUAUUUCUAUGGAAAAAUAGAUCAUCUUGCAGAAGUCUUUGCCAGGGCUUUUCAAGCGAAUUUAUGGUUGUUCAAAGAUCCUUUCAUGCAUUAUGUUAGGUAUCAAGGAAAAUCCAUUCUUGGUUCAAAAGGGACGUUUCUUUUGAUGAAUAAAUGGAAAUAUUACUUUGUCAAUUUCUGGAAAUCUUAUUUUUACCUGUGGUCUCAACCAGGAAGGAUUUAUAUAAACCAAUUAUCCAAUCAUUCCCUUGACUUUCUGGGUUAUCGUUCAAGUGUGCGGCUAAAGCCUUCAAUGGUACGCAGUCAAAUGCUAGAAAAUGCAUUUAUAAUUGAAAAUGCUAUUAAGAAGUUUGAGACUAUUGUUCCAAUUAUGCCUUUGAUUGGAUCAUUGGCUAAAUCUAAAUUUUGUAAUGCAUUGGGGCAUCCUAUUGGUAAGGCGAUUUGGGCCGAUUUCUCAGAUUCUGAUAUUAUUGACCACUUUGGGCGUAUAUAUAGAAAUCUUUCUCAUUAUCAUAGUGGAUCUUCAAAAAAAAAGAGUUUGUAUCGAGUAAAGUAUAUACUUCGACUUUCUUGUGCUAGAACUUUAGCUCGUAAGCAUAAAAGCACUGUACAUGCUUUUUUGAAAAGAUUCAGCUCGGAAUUAUUAGAAGAAUUCUUUACGGAAGAAGAACAAGUUUUUUCCCUGACCUUUCCAAGGGUUUCUUCCAUUUCGCGAAGGUUAUCUAGAAGGCGGAUUUGGUAUUUGGAUAUUAUUUGUAUCAAUGAUUUGGCUAAUCAUGAAUGA